UGUACUAAUAUUUUUACAGAUGCGCCCUGGUCUAAAACAAUUUAAACUAUGUAAUUUCUAUUUUGUAUCUAAUCUUACAUUUAAUUUUAUCAGAUACUCAAUAUUUCAUGUUAUUUAAUAUAAUAUGUAUUAUCAGCGUCACAUACAUAAAUACACGAUUUUAUUUCCAUAUCAACAUUCUUUAAGAUGAAGUCGAUCUUUUUUAUUUUACUGAGCCUGAUGUUCUUGGAAUUUGUCGUUGGCGAUGAUGUUCAAUAUUAUACUGAUUCAACUACAUCUGCUCCUGAUCCUGCUCCUUUUUGGACAACGGCACCAAUACCCAGAUCCACAAGCAUUGGUGAAGAUGUAGUUUACGUACAAGAUCGACAAGUUCCCGAUCCAACCUAUGAGAUAGAUGCCGUGGAAGCAUUCAAAGAAGCUAAGGCACUUCAUCCAGUUGUUGACGGUACACAAUUGUUAGAAACAUUUUCCAAGUUGUUUAACAACAAACAUCCGAUAGAUGGAGGAUGGAAAGUUGUUGAAAAUUUGGGCCCACUUUACAAUCCAAAUGCAGACUACAUAUAUAUUGAACUGAGAGUUAUAGAUGCUAAUGGAGAUAGGACAGUCCGGAUAUUUAACGCAAAAAAUUAACUAUUUUAAUAAUUGUUGACUCUCAGUUAUUAUUUCGACUUUCCAAAUACAUAAAGAAAAAUAAUUCGA